AUGUCCGCCUUCACAAUCGCUACUCGCAGGGUCGCUACCCAGAUCCCCCGCGCUGCCGCCGCUUCUGCGCCCCGCGCCGCUUUCUCCAGCUCCGUCACUCUCCAGAAGUCCAUUGCCGAGACCGUAAAGGACACCCUCAACAGCGUCAACCGCGCUGUUUCCGACAAGGCCCUCGAUGGUAUUGACGCUACCUCCAACGUGGCCUCAAAACUCAAGGAUACCGCCUCCAACCUCACCAAUGCCUCUUCCCCCGCCGAUCUCGCCUCCCGCGCCAAGGACGCUGCCAACUCCGCCGCCUCAGACGCCGCCGACGCUCUCCCCAAGGACGUCAAGGGCAAGGCUAGCGAGCUCGCCGGUCAGGCUUCCGGCGCCGCCUCCAACAUUGCCGGCAAGGCCAAGGGCGCCGUGAACGAGGCUACCUCCGGCAACCUUUCCGGCGCCGCCUCUGAACUCGCUGGCGAGGCCAAGGGCAAGGCUUCCGAGCUCGCCGGAAAGGCCAAGGGCGCCGCCAACGAGGCGACGAGCGGAAACUUGGGCAGCGAUAUCUCUGGAAAGGCGUCCGAGAUUGCUGGUGAGGCUAAGGGCAAGGCCAGCGAGCUUGCGGGCAAGGCCAAGGGUGCUGCAAACGAGGCGUCGAGCGGUAACUUGUCUGGUGCUGCUUCUGAGCUCGCCGGCGAGGCCAAGGGAAAGGCUUCGGAACUUGCUGGAAAGGCCAAGGGCGCCGCUAACGAGGCUGCUGGUGGUGAUGUGCAGGGCAAGGCUCAGCAGCUCAAGGGACAGGCCAAGGGCAAGGCUAGCGAGGUUGCUGGCCAGGCCAAGGGCGCUGUGAGCGAGGGCCAAGGGAAGGCCAAGGGCAUGGCGAAGGAGACGGAGAAGAUGGCCAAGGAGGCUGGCAAGCAAACUGAGUUCUCUUAA